AGUCACAAACAGUUCGCAGGCGAAAGCUCUGCAGACGGGACCCCGCAGGAGUUUCCACCAUGCGCCCGGAGGACGACAGCGGCUGCAAAGAGGACAUUUCGCGAGUAUGCCCGGAAGAACCAGGCAGAGCUGGGCUUUGGUACCCAGCCCCUGGUCCCGUGCGCGGCUUCCCGAGGGGCAGCAGGAGCCGGGACCUGCAGGAGCAGAACCGCUCCGCCAGCCUGCGCCUGGAGGACCUCCGACGGCGGCUGCUGCGCGCCUUCCAGCGCGCGGUGCCACGCGAGAGCCUCCGGCGCGCCCGGGAGGAGGCGGAGGCGGCGGCGCGCGAGGAGCAGAGCCGGGAGCGCGUGGAGGGCGCCCUGGCCGGGCUGCGAGCCGAGCUGCUGGAGAUGCGUUUCCAAAACCGUCAGCUGGCCAGAACUUUACUGGAUUUGAACAUGAAAAUGCAACAGUUGAAAAAGGAAUAUGAAUUGGAAGUUGGAGGGAAGUCUCGAAGGCUGGAAGAUAAUGCUGUGGAUCCUGAAAAUGGCAAUGCACGUUUAGAUGUCUGAACCUCAGGCUCAUGCAGACCACGCUGAACUGUUCUGGCUCUAACUUUAUGCAUAUACUUUGUAUGAGAUUCGAGGAAUCAUUUUUAAACCAAAUGCUAAAAUGCCAGGGAAAAGUGAUAGGGAAGAAUGGUGGGACAAAAUGAUGUCAACAAAUUUUAUGGCUAUUUAUUCAUUAUUUUGGCCGGAGCAUAACAAUUUAAAAACCAAACGUGGAUGAGUGCCUUAAUGUUAACUUCUAGCAUUCCAUGUUGUGUUACCACACUUUUCUAGCAAUGCCUGAAUUUUUCAGAAUCUGUACCUGUUUUCAUUUGGCUUGAUGAUUUCAUCUUGGCCCGACAGCCUGUUUUCCUUCCUUGACUUCAUAGAAAUGACUUCUACCUGCUCUUCAGGGGGCUCUGCCAUUUAGGAUACCUCUGUCUUCCUAGAUACGGUCCUAUGACCCCUGCAGGCAGAUCCGUGUCCUUGGGACCAUCUGUACUGGUGCACUGGGACUAGAUAAGUAAUCCCUGAGCAUAGAGACUGUGGAGCGAGGGGCCUGGAAACUGCUGGCGGCUCCAGGUGAGAAACCCAAGCCCUAGUAAAAGGUGUUGAAACCGAACUGCUGAGGGUAGGACAGCGAGGUGCUGGCAUUCCUUGAUCCUGGGGUCAAGCAUUGACAACCCCACGCCUGACUGUUGUUUAGAUGCACAAAAUAUUCUUGUACUUUUCUCCUAAAAACUUACCUUUGCUAACUUAAUUCAAGUUGGAGUUUCAUGACUUAUCACCAAAAGUUUCCUAACCAUUUCUUUGUUGACUGAAGUUAAAUUGAUUCUUGCUGUUGAAUUAACAAAAGCCUGAAAAUGUUGUCUUUUAAUGAAGAAAAUAAAACGGAUAAGAUAAUACA